AUGGCUGCAGUCAAGGCCGUAAACUCCAAAGCUGAGGUGGCGCGGGCCCAAGCCGCUUUGGCUGUCAAUAUAUGCGCCGCCCGAGGGCUGCAGGAUGUACUGCGAACCAACUUGGGUCCUAAGGGCACUAUGAAAAUGCUUGUUUCUGGAGCAGGUGACAUCAAACUCACCAAAGAUGGCAAUGUGCUGCUCCAUGAGAUGCAAAUUCAACACCCAACAGCUUCCUUGAUAGCAAAAGUAGCAACGGCCCAGGAUGACAUUACAGGAGACGGUACUACUUCAAAUGUUCUAAUUAUUGGAGAAUUACUAAAACAAGCUGAUCUUUACAUUUCUGAGGGCCUGCACCCUAGAAUAAUAACUGAAGGAUUUGAAGCUGCAAAGAUCAAAGCACUUGAAGUUUUAGAGAAAGUUAAAAUUAAAAAGGAGAUGAAAAGGGAAAUCCUCUUAGAUGUGGCUAGAACAUCUUUACGAACUAAGGUUCAUGCUGAGCUGGCUGAUGUGUUAACAGAGGCUGUGGUGGAUUCUGUUUUGGCUGUUAGAAGACCAGGUUAUCCUAUUGAUCUCUUCAUGGUAGAAAUCAUGGAGAUGAAGCAUAAAGCAGAAACAGAUACAACGUUGAUCAAAGGAUUAGUUUUGGAUCAUGGAGCCCGUCAUCCAGAUAUGAAGAAGCGAAUAGAAGAUGCUUUUAUCCUUACUUGCAAUGUAUCACUAGAAUAUGAAAAAACAGAGGUGAACUCUGGUUUCUUUUAUAAGACUGCAGAAGAGAAAGAGAAAUUAGUAAAAGCUGAAAGAAAAUUUAUUGAUGAUAGAGUACAAAAAAUAAUAGACCUGAAAUACAAAGUCUGUGCUCAUUCCAACAAAGGAUUUGUUGUCAUUAAUCAAAAGGGAAUUGAUCCACUUUCCUUAGAUGCUCUUGCAAAACAUGGCAUAGUAGCUCUCCGCCGAGCAAAGAGAAGAAAUAUGGAAAGACUAUCUCUUGCUUGUGGUGGAAUGGCUGUGAAUUCUUUUGAAGACCUUGCUGCAGAUUGCUUGGGACAUGCUGGUCUUGUAUAUGAAUAUACAUUAGGUGAAGAAAAGUUCACUUUUAUCGAGGACUGUGUUAACCCUCUCUCUGUCACCUUAUUGGUUAAGGGACCAAAUAAGCAUACUCUCACACAAAUAAAGGAUGCCAUAAGAGAUGGACUUCGGGCUGUCAAAAACACAAUUGAAGAUGGCUGUGUGGUUCCAGGGGCUGGUGCAGUUGAAGUGGCAAUAGCUGAAGCUCUUAUUACAGACAAGCACAGUGUGAAAGGAAGAGCUCGUCUUGGAGUCCAAGCUUUUGCUGACGCCUUACUCAUUAUUCCUAAGGUUCUUGCUCAGAAUUCUGGUUAUGACCUGCAGGAAACACUAUUAAAAGUUCAGGCUGAGCAUUCAGAAUCAAAACAACUUGUUGGCAUAGAUUUGAAUACAGGUGAACCAAUGAUAGCAGCAGAUGCAGGAAUUUGGGAUAAUUACUGUGUGAAAAAACAACUUCUUCACUCAUGCACAGUGAUUGCUACCAACAUUCUCCUGGUUGAUGAAAUUAUGCGAGCUGGGAUGUCUUCUCUCAAAGGGUGAUUGAGUUCAAAGUCAACUUCUCUUGGAAGCUGAGAUUUAAGACAUCUGGCAUCCAACUACCAUUAUGUAGCCCAGGCUAUUCUUAAUUUUUAUACAAUAAAUGCAGUUU